CUUGAAGGUGCCUCAUCACCAGACAUGGAGUCCAGCUAUGGGGGAGGCUUGCUAGAUAUGGUGAAAGGAGGAGCAGGGAGACUCUUCAGCAAUUUGAAGGAUAACCUGAAGGAUACCCUGAAAGAUACAUCUUCAAAGGUCAUGCAGUCUGUUGCCAGUUACACCAAGGGAGAGCUAGAUAUUUCAUACAUUACCUCAAGAAUCAUAGUGAUGUCUUUUCCGGCUGAAGGCGUUGAGCUGGGAUUCAGGAACCACAUUGAAGAUGUACGGACGUUUUUGGAUUCCAGACAUCCUGACCACUACACCGUCUUCAACUUGUCACCCAAGUAUUAUCGCAGUGCCAAGUUCCACAACCGGGUAUCUGAAUGUAGCUGGCCAGUACGACAAGCACCCAGUCUGCACAACCUCUACGCCGUCUGUAAGAACAUGCACAACUGGCUACAGCAGAACCCCAAAAACGUGUGUGUCAUCCACUGCAUGGAUGGCCGCGCAGCCUCAGCCGUUCUGGUCAGUGCGAUGUUCUGUUUCUGUCACCUCUUCUCUAACCCAGGCCCUGCGAUGCAGUUGCUGAACACAAAGAGACCUGGAAUUGUGCUGUGGCCAUCUCACAGGAGAUACAUAGGCUACAUUUGUGAUUUAAUAGCAGACAAGCCUGUCAUUCCUCACUGCAAACCACUUACUAUCAAGUCCGUCACCCUCAGUCCAGUCCCCUGUUUCAACAAGCAACGAAACGGGUGCCGGCCCUUCUGCGACAUCCUCAGCGGAGAAACCAGAAUCCUUACCACCUCCCAGGAGUAUGAAAGAAUGAAAGAAUACCGUGUGCAAGAAGGGAAAGUCCUAAUUCCACUGGGAGCCACUGUCCAUGGAGAUGUUGUUGUUUCUGUGUACCAUAUGAGAUCAACCAUUGGGGGACGCCUUCAAGCAAAAAUGACCAACACACAAAUAUUCCAAAUUCAAUUUCAUACUGGAUUCAUAGCCCUGGGAACAACCACACUAAAAUUCACCAAACCUGAACUGGAUGCCUGUGACUCUCCAGACAAAUAUCCUCAGCUCUUUCAUGUUAUACUGGAGAUAGAAAUACAAUCUACUGAUAGACAAACUGAAUUAACUCCCCCGUGGGAGAACUUCACGACAAAAGACAUCAAUCCAACCAUUCUCUUCUCCUCUCAUCAGGAGCAUCAGGACACUCUUGCUUUGGCAGGUAGAGGUCCCACUGAUUCACCCCAGGAUAACAUAAGAAAUGUUGGGCAGAGUGCAUUCUUCUCAUCCCUCAGCUGGCAAGAUCAGAAAUCUGACAAAAGUAGCUCUCACCCCACCUCAGAGGACCGAGCAGCGUUGGUGCAUGAGGAAAGCGAACAGUCAGAUGACGAACUCUUGUCCCUUUCCAGUCAGCACAGUAAUGCCAGUGGUGACAAGCCUCAUGGGACACCAAAACACAGCAAAAAGCAGCAAGAGCCUCCAGCACCACCUCCGCCUGAAGAUGUGGACCUGCUGGGCUUGGAUGGUAGCCCUAUGAGCAAGAGCUUUCCCUCGCAGCCCACUGCUGCCCCCUCUAACUCAGACUUGCUGAAUGAUUUAUUUGGGGUUGGUGGGCCAAGCUCCCAGAGUCAAAGUGGACAGCCUGCUGCUGAGGAGGUCUUCCAGGUCGGGGGACCUGGAUCUGUGCAGUCAACUCCUCGGCGUUCUGCAGCUUCAGCAUCCCCAUCCCCGUCCCCGAGGGUAGGAGAAGCAACUGCCUUUGAUCCGUUUGGAAGUAGCCCUAAGCAAACUGGUCCAGACCUCCUGGGUUCCUUUCUUGGUUCAUCAACUGUCCCUGGUGAUCCUUUCCUUCAAGCAACCAGAAGUCCUUCCCCAACUGUGCACACUUCUAGCACACCAACAGUUUCCAUACAACCAGAUGUUUCCGGUGGUUGGGACUGGCCCAACAAACCAGGUGGCCUAGGUAUGGGAAGUAAAUCAGCUGCCACCAGUCCUACGGGAUCCCUCCAUAGCACUCCCACUCAUCAGCCUAAACCCCAAACACUGGAUCCAUUUGCUGAUCUGGGGACUCUUGGAGCAAGUGGCCCUUCGUUUGCCAGUAAACCCACCACGCCAACUGGCAUGGGUGGUGGAUUCCCCCCCUCGCCGCAGAAACCCUCUCCCCAGCCCAUGGGCGGCAGCGGUUGGCAGCAAGGAGGUGGCUAUGGCUGGCAGCAGACACAAGCCAAAGCCCAGCCAAGCAUGCCUCAUGCCUCUCCCCAGAACAAGCCAAAUUACAACGUGAGUUUCUCAGCAAUGCCGGGAGCACAAAACGAACGUGGAAAAGGACCAGCUAAUGUUG